AAACAUGGAGGUGGUUCUAGACGUUGCAGCUCAUGCAGCUGCUCUUUCUUUAGCCGUCGGUAUUAUCUGUACAGCCACACCUUCCUCAGCUUUGUUUCCAUGGCAUCCAACUUUCAUGGUUAUUUCUUUUUUGUUUCUAAUGACGGAGGCGAUCUUACUCUUUUCUCGUCAUGCGUCCCCGCUUCGCUCGGCAUCUCGAAAAACAAAAUCCACAGUCCACUGGAUCGUCCAAACGUGCACUGGAGUGACGUUUCUGCUUGGUCUCGCUGCGAUUGUCACUAACAAAUAUUUGAGAGGCAAACCACAUUUGAUGUCGUGGCAUUCAUGGUUUGGUGUGGGGGCGUGUGUCAUGGCGACCAUUCAGUCAUGCUGCGGUGCUUUCCUUUUCUAUCCAAAUUUGAUGCCUAGAUUCACUCUCAAGCAGUUGAAAAUGAUGCACGCCGCGAGCGGAGCGUUGACUUACUCACUCGGCUGCUCUACUGUCGUUUUAGCGUGCUAUUCCAAUUGGUUUGUGUCUCAAGAUUUUUCUCUUGUUGUCUGGUCUCUGUUUGCUGGUGGACCGAUUUUUCUGGUGGCAGUUGUCGCUAGGCAGGUUUACACAUCGCAUUUUGAACGAAUGUGGAAAUGUUAAAUAAUUGACUCGGCAACUACACAUAAUUUGUCAAACGUGUUGUCUGUGUUGCGUCUCUAACGCGCGUUAGCAUUUGUAUUUGUAUUUGUAUUUCUUUUACUACGGAAAA